AUGUCUUUAAUUAGUAGAGUCGUUGUUAGAGGAUCACAAUCAUUGGUAAAUAAGCCAUCAGCUGCAUCUGCUAUUGGUUACCGUAGUUUCCAUACCAGUGCACCAACUUUCAAUGCUAGAUGGGACGAUAAAAAAUCACAACCACCAACUUUAGCAAAGAUUGUUGAUGAAGCAGCCAAUACAUUCUUCCUUUCUGAAAUCAUGGUUGGUCUAUAUAUUACAAUGGGAUACUUUUUCAGAAAGAAAUGUACAAUCAAUUACCCAUUUGAAAAGGGUCCACUUUCACCACGUUUCAGAGGUGAACAUGCUCUUCGUCGUUAUCCAACUGGUGAGGAACGUUGCAUUGCCUGCAAGCUUUGUGAGGCCAUUUGCCCAGCACAAGCUAUCACUAUCGAGGCUGAACCACGUCUCGAUGGUUCGCGUAGAACCACCCGUUACGAUAUUGAUAUGACCAAAUGCAUUUACUGUGGUUUCUGUCAAGAAGCCUGUCCAGUAGAUGCUAUCGUCGAAGGUCCAAACUUUGAAUUCACCACUGAAUCAAGAAUUGAACUAUUGUACAAUAAGGAGAAAUUAUUACAAAAUGGUGAUAGAUGGGAAACUGAAAUUGCUGCCAAUAUUGCUGCCGAUUACCUUUACCGUUAA